AUGUCCUCCGCCAACGACAACCCAACUGGCACCAACAGUGUUGGCACUGGUAGUUGUGGCCCAACUGCCCAGCCUGAGAUAGUCCCCGGCAUUCCAACUUACUCAAAUGCCCCGGCGAAUCUGCGUUGUUGCUGUGGGCGCCAAGACUGCGCCCUGUUAGAGCAUAAUUCUCUUGCUCUGGAAGGUUUGGAGAAGGAUCUCGCGACGGCAGCGCGCUUAGGACAGGCUCUUCUCCAUCGCCAUGAGAGUUAUAUGGCCGAGGCGGAAGAGGAUCGCCAGCGCUUAGUCGAUAGUGUCGACGCGCUGGAGCGCGAGAAGCGCCAGGUGCAGGUCGAGAAUGCGCGUAUCGUCCAGGAGAACCGAAGUCUGCUCGAGCAGCUCGAGGGUCUGAACCAGAGCGUUGCCGAGUCGGACGAUCGUGUCGAGUCGCUGGAGCUUACGCUGGCAAGUACGCAGGCGGAACUGCGCCGGUUGACUGUUGCCGCGUCGCGGGCGGCUGAGCUCGAGGCCCAGCUUGUCCUCAUCGAGACUGAGCAGUCCAGAUUACAGGAGAGUCUUCAUUCAGCGCACGAGGAUGAGAAAUCUGCCGUGCAGCGGUGGAGGAAUGCCGAGAGUGCGCUGCGUGAUUUGAAUGAUCAGGUUGAGCGCAUCGAGGCUGAGGCGAGAGAGGAGCGUGAGAGGCAUGAGGAGCUUGUUCAGCGCAUGGAACGGAAACGACAUGUUGAGCGCGAGCUGGAUAAUGCUGCCAGUCGCUUGAAAGGGGCCGCUGCAGCGUCCGAAAUUGGCCGCAACCCCGGUACUCCUGUUGUCUCGCGAUUCGUUAAGGAUAUCCUGCAGGACAAUGCGAAUCUGCAGGUUGGCAUUAUGGAGCUGCGUGAGAUGUUAGAUAGUUCUAACCAGGAGGUCCAAAAUCUCCGCGAUCAAGUUCUGUUUCAUCAGCCGCUGGCCGGCAUAGGUGAGGAGCAAUCUGAUGGGGCCCGCACGCCGACUCUGUGUGAGGAGCUGGAGUCGAAGGAACGUCGUGUCUCGCAGGAGUUUCAUAUUCACCACCAUUACCACACCCCGUCGACGAAGAAGGACAAGGGCGCGGUUAAUCGUCGCUUCAAGAAGAAGCGUCCUUCCCUGGGUAGCCCGGUUCCUCUACAUUCGGCGGUGGGAACGAAUUCACCUCGUCGAUCUAUCCAUCGCUCUCAAUCGUCUGGUUCAUCUAUGAAUACGAUCCUUUCUCAGACUUCCGUCUCCAUCCCACCACCUUCUUCUCGCCGUUGGUCCUACCAAUCACCUCCCGCCGAUUCGUUGGCCAGCUCGCCGCAAUCUGCGUUCCGAACAUCCUCCAUAUUCGACCGUGUUGAUCGCGGUACAGAUUUCUCCGAACCUACAAGCCCGGACAGCACUGUGUUUUCAUCGCCUCUCAUGCAGGCGCGAGCCCUCAAGGGUCUCGACAUGCCAUUCCGACCAUUACCAGGCCUCGAUUCUCCCGAACUGCCUGAGGCUUCGUCCGGUGUCUUCAAUGGCGAGCAUUAUGAGCGAACAGGCUACUUGGAUCUAGCAGAACCUGUCAUCCCAGAAGAAUCCGAACCAUCGUCAUCUGGAAUUUGGUCUCGACAGGUACCUGGCGACCAGCCCACAGACAAUCCAUUCGGUAUCCAAGUGCCUUCACCUUCACUCCGCAAAUCAUCGUCCCAUGACAGUCUACUUUCUGUGGCCGGCAUGGACAUCCACACCCCUUUAACCCGCCACUCCCGAAUGGGCGCCUGGCAUCCAGGCAUGCGCAUCCCACAACGCAUCGUCUCACCUAGCGUGGAGCUGGUCUCCACGCCACCCGUCCUUUCCGCCCCGAUAAUCACGGUCGACCGCGCCAGGGCUCCGGAAAUGUCAUCUCGAUCUUUACUCGCCUCCAUGGCCGCUAGUAACGGCGUGGCGUCGGAAACUGCGUCGGUAGUUUCGGCAGAGAGUGCCAGCACCAGUUCUACCACCCCGGUCCCGCGGAAGACCACAUUAGGUCGGCGCAUGGGAGGCUGGGUUCUGGGGAAGUGGGGUACAGCACCUGUCCCGGCGGAGUGUGAUGAGCACGGAGCGAACGAAGCGACAGGUCCAAACGAGCCCGGGCCCGGGCCCGGGCCUGGAGCUGGACAUGGGCCUGAGUCUGAAGCUAUACCUCCACCUCCACCUCAACUACAACCAAGUCAUCAACCAGAGACCUCCCAACCAAUACCAUCACCCGAUAAUACAACUCACUCCGUCUCCGCGACUCCAGAUCCCAAUCCCGACUCUCCGCCCCAAUUUCGCUUCCGAUUCACAGGCGUGAAUCAGAAAGGCCCAAUACUCGGUUUCCGACCACCGCCCCGCGCCCCAAUCUCAAUUCACCCACAAGGCAUUGACGAAAAUCUGCUUCGCGAGAGUCUUGCUGAGGAUGGCUGA